CGACGCUUUCCUCUACAGAGAUGGAAGCGGCGGAGAGGUGGCCGGCGAGCGCGGGGGAAACUGAGGCCUGGAUGGACAAAGCUGUAGAUAUGGCUAAAGAUGCACUUGAGAAUGGUGAAGUACCUGUUGGUUGCCUCAUGGUCUACAAUAAUGAGAUUGUGGGGAAAGGAAGGAAUGAAGUUAACGAAACAAAAAAUGGCUCCCUUCACCUGCUUGAAUCCACCCAAAUACUGCAAUUAUUUUCAAAACUUCUUUUCAAAAGAUUCUUCCUGCCACAGGAGGCUACUCGCCAUGCAGAAAUGGUAGCAAUUGAUCAGGUAUUAGAUUGGUGUCAACAGCACAAGAAGCAACCUGAGGAAGUUUUUACACACACAGUAUUAUAUGUCACAGUUGAGCCCUGUAUUAUGUGUGCAGCUGCACUUCGAAUGAUGAAAAUCCCAUUGGUUGUAUAUGGUUGCCAAAAUGAACGGUUUGGAGGCUGUGGCUCAGUUCUGGAUAUCUCUUCUGCUACCUUAACAGAUACAGGAGAACCAUUUCAAUGCAUAGCUGGUUAUCGAUCCGAGGAAGCUGUGGAGAUGCUGAAAACCUUCUACAGACAAGAGAAUCCAAAUGCACCAAAAUCAAAAGUUCGGAAAAAGGAAUUCAGUAAAUGAGAGGCUGUUGUAAAGUUACCCAGUCUAGAAGAAGAAUAAAUCCCUGAAAGAUCUUUGCAAUGCUGACCUUUACUGGACUAAAUUAUUUAGCUCCAGAAGAUGGAAAAUGACAUAUCUGUCCCUUUUCAAUAUGUGGUUGAAUGUAAUAUGCUAGUUAUGAUAAAUUAACAAAUACAGUUGUGGGUCAAAAUAUCUAGUUUGUUUUCCCCUGAGUGCUAAACUGGACAGGUAUUAUUGAAAGAACAAUAUCAGCUAAGGCUGAACUCCUACGACUAUUGAUUUUGAACUCGAUCAGAUGUUUAACUAAUUAGGAUAAUUCAUGCUUUGCCAGUACAGAUUUGUGCUUACUUCUACUGUCUUGUAAAUUAUUUGGAUAAGAACUCUGUAUAAAACUCUGUCAUCUUCCAGUUCACUAAAUUAUACAUGCUGAAUCAGGCUUCCCAGGUCACUUGCUACAUUGGAAUUUCUCU